AUGGGCUCCAUGGGCUUGCAGCUUCUUGCUUUCACCCUGGCCAUAUUUGGGCUCUCUGGAGUGCUCACAGCCACUCUGCUGCCCAAUUGGAAAGUGAAUGUGUAUGUGGGCUCCGACAUCUUGACUGCCAUUAUACAACUGCAUGGGCUGUGGAUGGACUGCACGUGGUAUAGCACUGGGAUGUUCAGCUGCAUGCUGAAAAACUCCAUCCUGUCCCUCCCAGCCCAUGUACAGGCUGCGAGGGCCACCAUGGUCUUGGCUUGCAUUUUAUCUACUGUGGGGAUCUGCAUUUCCAUAGUAGGACUGAAAUGCACUCACUUAGGAGGGGAUGAAGAAACCAAGAGUCAGGCUUCCUUUGCCGGAGGAGUCUGUUUCAUGUCCUCAGGGGUCUCUGGCUUUAUACCCACAGUAUGGUACACAAAGGAGAUCAUAGCAAACUUUCUGGAUCUGACAGUUUCAGAAAGCAACAAAUACGAGCCUGGAGGAGCUAUUUAUAUAGGAUUUAUUUCAGCAAUCCUGCUGUUUAUCUCCGGAAUUCUUUUCUGCAUUUCCUAUACUAGAAAGAAUCCAGAAGCUUGGCUAUCCCUUCCCAAACAGGAGCAGCCCUCCACCACUCAAGUAGAAAACAACUCUGCAUAUCACCUGAAAGAUUAUGUGUAG